UUCUUUUAAUUUUAUACUAAAAUUUAAGCUAAAAAUGCCUAAUACUUCCUUCAAUUCUUUAUUAUUCCUUUAUUUAAUAAUUCUUGAAUCAUUUCGGAUUUUGAAUUGUUCUCAUUGUCGUGCUACCUGUUCUCCACAUUUUACUUUGCCUUGUUCAUUCGGCGCUUUCGACAAAUGUUUGGUCCAGCAAUGCAAUGAAAUUUGUGCAAAAGAUGGAGGGCGGAAAAUGAUUGGAUGUUACUGUCGCGGAAGUAUUGAAGGGCCAACAAUGCGUGCUUGUUUUUGUAUGGGGCAGAAACGACCAAAAACAUUUUAA